AUGGCCAAGGUGACGAGGAUUGUGAUGGUUCAGUGCCCGGUGAUGUCAGGCGCUCAUUACAAAACUGAUGACAAUUUAGAAGAGGAGCUUGAUACGGAUGGAUCGGAUGAGGAGGAUGGGCCUGACUGGGCAUUUGAAGCAGAUGAGAAGCGAUCAAAGGACCCUGAAUAUGAAUUUUGCCCAGCUGCUCACCGCAAACAACUCCUUUCUAUUGUGACUCGACAUUUCUGCCAGCAUCCCUUCUUCCCUGCUUGCAAUGGCUCUUCCCAAACAGCAGCUCAGAUAUGUGAGGAAAGUCCUCAAAUAAUUGACGUGGACCAAGAUGUGGACUCACCUUCCCCAACUAGCUCAGAAGUUAAUUAUGAAUCAGAUGAUGAAGAGAUGAUUAGCAAGAAUGAGGAAAUAUCCAAACUCAUUGGGUCUCUCGAACGUGCAGCUGAUAUCCUGAAAAAGCAGUCUGCACUUGGCAGUUCCAAAUGGAAGAAAGCAAUCACUUCGACGCCCCUGUUCUCUGGUGCUUUACCCCUGCUUGACGACUAUAUUCAGGCCGUACACCUUCACAAAGCUCGUCCAGAAAGGACAUGGCCAAAGAGUCCUCAAGAAAAGCAAUGGUCUCAAUAUGUCGUCGACAACUAUUUGGAGCACUACCCAGAAGGCGUUUGGACCGACCCGGCAGCCUAUGUCAAGUCUUCGGACAUGGUUGAGGAGUGUGUUGAUGGUGCCAUUCUCAGCGGGUUUACUUAUGACAUGGAUGAACACAAUGUUGAAUGGCUGCGGAAGAACAACAACAUCGCACUUGGCGAGGGUCAAGUAGCGCAAUUCCCUCGCCAACUCGCAAUGUCAAAACUCGGGGCAAGGACAUUGCUUCAGACCGACUCUCUUGUCUUCACUGAGGACGAGAUAGAACUCGUGAUGGGUCUAUUCGAGAAGUUCACCAACGAGAAAUGCCAUUUCCUCCAUCUUGAUAUCAAAGUGCCUCCAUGUGCCCAGGACCCCUCUCAUCUUAUUCGGCUCGCUCGAACGAUAUACCCCUACUAUAAGGAGCGGGAAAUUGUUAGCCAAGGCCACAAGAUAAUACCCUCAUUAAAUUUCAACAAAUCCAAUGCCCAAGAUGCCUACGUCUCACGGCUAUGGCAAGAGCUUAUCAAGGCGAAAGAUCUUGCUAACUUAAUGGUUUUGCAUGAGGUGAAGUUGGAGCUCAAUAAGGACACGUGCAGCGUUCUCGAAGCGAGGAUCAGGUGUAUUCCCUCGCAUCUUUCUCGAUUGCGGAGUCCGAGCUUAUUGGGUUAUCGGUGGACGAAACACCACACUCGGCCCCUUCCUGCUCCGCUCAACAGCGCUCUACACUGCACUUGCCUCCCUUCCUGCUCCAACGAAACCUGCCCAACAGCACUCUCCACCACACUCGCCUCGCCUCCCCAGAGCUCGCCAACUUUGUGGCAUAUGCUCUUCACCGCACUUGCUGCCCUUCCCACUCCAACAAAGCCCUCUCAAGCAAGUCAUGGCACUCGCCUCCAACGAAGCCCGUCCAACGGCGCCCUUAUCCCCUCCCCAGAGCUUGCCAACUUUGUGGCAUACACUCUUCACUGCACUUGCCUAUCUUCCUGCUCCAACGAAGACCUCUCCAUGGCGCUCUUCGCCGCACUCGCCUCCUUCAAGAACUUCAAGCAGAUGUCUUAA